AUGUGGGACCAGGUAGCCAGAACUGAUGACAAAGACACCCGAGACUCCAGGCCAGAUUUGUCAGCAUCUCCGAGCUUGUGGCAAGACUUGGAAAAAGAAGGGGUCUAUCACACAGAGGAUGGAAAAGACCCAAGAACAGACAUGCCAGACAAAACAACUGACAAGAUGCACUCAGGUGUGAAUUCUUCCACCUUCUGCCCAUGUAAGACCAUUAGCUCACAUCUCAGCAGAAGUGCCAAGAAGGUGCCAGACCUCAGCGAGACACGGCCAAGUCAAAGCUCACCCUCUCCGUGUCUGCCUGGGUUAGGACGCUACUGGGCACGGUGGGAGAAAGACGUCUCAAGGAGCAGAAAAUUGUUCCCAGGCACCCACGAAAGCGAUGGGCAAGAGCGGUGGGGUGCUGUUUAUGGAGGUUUUUCGUGGUCAGUUGGGUCCCAUCCUCAGGGCAAAAAAGGCAGAGUUGUGGUGCCAUCCAAGCGAUGGCCUCUAACUGCAUCUGGAAGACGGCAGCGUCCAGGUCUCCUUUGGUGCAAACACGGGACGGUGCGAGGAAGCACAGCCUCGACAGGGAGAUUCCGGCUGGGGUUUGUGGGUGUCCCCUUCUUUCUUGUGGGGAUGCAUCCUGCCCGGAGGCGGUACACAGAUCUUGGUGAGCGUUGCUUCAAGAAAAUGGACAGUAGUCACAGCUCAUUAAAACCCCAUCUGCUUCCUCUAAGUCAGAAUGCUGGGUCAGGGGUCUCAGCACCACCUCCAGGACGCUCUCCCCUCCUGGGCCUCCUUGUGCAACCUUGCAACUUGCAAAGGCCUUGCAAAGGGCCUUCUUCUUCUCCCAGGUCAGUGGCUGUUACACCAAACCAUGCCUGCCCCCAAACUGUGUGGGAGAAGAAAACAUACCUAAUCCUAUUUUGAAUAACAGUGGAAAGGAUACAGGGCCCGGAUUUCUGGUUGUGGUGUUCAUUAUUGAAACAAGAAAGGGAGCGGCUGGGUGGGUGUGGAAAGUGUUCCUGGGACUUUGGACUUGAGUCACACAGGCGGAGAGCGUACAUCUCUGGGGAUAUAGGGUGUGGAGAGGAAAUACGGCUUAAUAGAGGAAAUUAUUCAUCCAUGGGCAGGCACUUAGGAAUGAAGACCCGGAAACACUGAAAUACAAUAUCGUGCAAGUAUUGGCAUUAACUUCCUCUGCAUGGAACAGAAAACCCAGUCAACAGUGGUGUGAAUACAAUAAGGGCUAAAUUAUCUUUGAAGGUGUACAGUCCACAGCAGGUGUGUUUGUUCCAUGGUGAUUAGGAUCCCAGAAUUCUGAGAGGUCGUCAUCCUUAGCAAGUAAAGUAAUACCUUCAAGGACAACUCAUGCCCCAAAGUGGCUGCAGAAACUCCAGCCACCACCUCCAAGUUUUAGGCAGGAGGAAGCAGGAAAAGGCCUGGCAGCAGGGUAGCCUUUUAGGUGUCCUUCUCAGAAGCCACACCUGACAACCUCUGCUUCACUGAACAUGGCUGGCUGAAAGGGAGGCUGGGAAAUUGUGUGUGCUCCCUGGAAUAAGGCAGAUUCUUUUGAAGGGCAGCCAGAGAGAAUGAGUUUGGCGAGAUAGGGAAACUAGUGAUGUCUUUUGCAUGUGCUAGGAGGUGGGAAACCCUCACGGUGAAGCAUGGAGCCUCCACGGCCAGGUUCCUGGGCAAACCCGAGUGUGGAUCCGAGCCCUCUCACUACAGCUGCGUGACCCGUGGCAAGACACCGACCAUUUCUUUCUUUCUUUCCUUCCUUCC